AUGUCUCAUCCUAAUAUUUUGUUACUUGUACUUUAUGCAUUCCUUACUUUUACAUAUGCUCAAACUCCAGGUGUAAACGACACCAACCCCAAUCCAGAUCAAAAUGCAACCACAACAGAUGAAGGUUCUGUUUCUUGCGGUGAUAGCAGUUAUAUAGCUGAAGAAUAUAAUCUAGGUGCUUUUAUUCCAGUUAUAUCUACUAGAAACCCCAACUUGAAGGUUCCAAAAUUAGUUUAUUUCUCCACAAAACAUUUUGGUACUGGUGUUAUUCUUGCAACUGCUUUUAUUCAUAUGAUUCCUACAGCAUUUGAAGCAUUAAACGAAGCCUGUCUUCCAGAAAUUUGGCAUAAUUAUGCAUGGCCAGGUGCAAUUUCUAUGAUGGCAGCGUUAUUAGUUUUCUUCAUAGAAUAUUUGGCCAUAAAUUAUACUGAUGAAUAUGAUGAUAAAAACAAAGAAAUUCUUCCAAGAAAUAACUAUGAUCCUAAAGGAAAUGACGAGAUCACUAAUAUCAGUCAACCAAGUGGGACUUUAGUUGUGCUAACUAAUAGUUCACAAACAAUCGGUGUAUUAGUUUUAGAAUUUGGUAUUUGCUUUCAUUCAGUAAUAAUUGGAAUGGCAUUGUCAGUUGCUAGUGGGACUGAGUUUAUCUCUUUAUUUUGUGCUUUAGUUUUUCAUCAG